AUGCCCCAAAUACUCACUGAACUCUGUGCCAAAGUGAACAACCUCGAAUCCGAACUCCGAGACCUUACUUCCCAAACCUGUGCACCUCUAAAUGAAGGCACACCCAACACCUUCCCGUUUAGCUCCACAAGCCCGCCAGCCCCGCCAGCAAAAAGACCGAGGCCACAGGCGCUCUUUAGCAGCAGUGAGCCUCCCAGCUACCGCUCAAAAGUGGGCAACCCCACAAAACCGACUCCCCAAAAAACCCCGAUCCCACCGACCUCUCAGCCCCUACUGCAGCCGCCAGUACCCGCACACCUUUUGACGAAAGUGAUGGACCGCCCGAUGCCGGACAAAACUCUCCACGAAAUGGAUGACAUCACUCCGCCCCCAUCCCAAUCAGUAUUUGAAAAAUACUGGCACACCCAACCGCACCUCAAUCGCCACCACUUUCUUUGGUAUCUCCCCUCCAAACCGGUUUCUGAACUAAAUCGCCGCGGGACCUCCUCCAGUUUCGUCCGCCUUUGUGUUCCCAAUGACGCUGUCGCCCAGGUGAAACGACAUGCAGAACUAACGUGGAAGUGGCAAUUUGAUAAAACCAUAGACCCCCGCUCCCAACAAAAUCCUGACGCUACGAAACCAGCCUUAAUCCACUAUCUCCGCACCAAGCGGAAGGCCCGCUGCACACAUGAACGAGCACCAAAAUGUAUUGCCCGUAGCAUGGAUGCUUUACUAGACCCUCUUGUUAAUUCCACCAACGCAGACAUUCUACAAUGUACCACGGACCGGCUCCAGAACGCGUAUCCAGCAAAACAUACUACAAACCGAUUGUCACCUAACCCACGAAUCGUGCGCAGCCCGGACGGUCUUAUCCGCACAGACUCAACCUUCCACCACAGACUCUUCGACGACAGAAAACGAUAUAGAAAUGAUUGA